CGAGGUUCCACGAUUGCAGAAGGUUGAGUCUCUCAGAAAGCACAAUAAGCUUGAGGCAUUGGGCGCCUGGGUGUGAUAGAUUGGGUCAGUCGUGGUACAUGUCAAGUAAAGGUCAUCUUCUGCUUCUAGAAGGAGGAUUUCCUGCAGAAAAAAACUGCUAAAAUGAAGCGAUUUCAGUUUUUUUGUUUCCUGGCAUUAGUUUCAGCAUACGGGGUGACUGCAUUGAGGAUUCCGCAAUCUCUUCCAGAGCUGCUUCAAAUUGGAAAACCGCUUUCUCUUGCCUUCUGCAAAGGCUUAAGGUACCAAGAAACAGGAAAGAUAAACUUUUUCAAACAAAGCAACCAAACAAGAAUCGUCGAGUCUUACAUAUUCAAAGCAUUUGCAGCAUUGGAUCGCACUGGCUGCUCAAAGCUGACAAGGCAUUUGGCAUGCUCUCUACUGGCCCCUCCACUGCUGCACAAGUUUGGCAGUUUACCUCCAUGCAGAUCACUGUGUCAUACUGUUCAAAAAUCUUGUGCAGAGGUCCUGGAAUUUGCAGCAAGGUUUGGAUUAUUUACAAAAGACGGGUGUAAAAAAACAAAACAAGGACAGAAGUACAGAGGCACUGUGAACAAGACAGUUGGAGGCCUUACUUGCCAGCAUUGGAAUGUUCAUAAGCCCCACUCUCAUCGGCAGCUAACGGCAAAAACACAUCCAUGGGAAGGGUUGGAAGAGAACUAUUGCAGAAAUCCAGAUGGUGAGCCAGAUGGGCCAUGGUGCUACACAACAUCAAAGUCAGUCAGAUGGGACUACUGCGAUGUCCCUAUUUGUUUUGUGAACUUGAAAUGCAACUUGAUGCCAAAGCCUGGAAAAAACAUUGGCUGUCUCAGCUACAAAAUUGAUCCAAAAACAAACGACUACAAAGUAGUGAUGGAAGGAACUCCAACACUUUCACAGGCAAAGGAUUGGAACUUACCAUGAAGCUUGAAAUUAGCAUUUUCAGGACAAGUUUUGUUUUAGCAGUAGUUUGACUUUCUUUGCUUUUUAUUUCAUUAAACCUAAACAAUAGUCAAAUCUCUGA